ACAGCAAAACAACAGCAACAUCAGCUAACACUGUUUAACAGAAGCCAAAAGGGACUCAUUUGGGACAGACAUGCUCAUCUGAUGUGGUAAAUAUCUGUAGGAAGAGUUGUGGGCGACUGAAAAUGGGUGGCGCUCUGACAAGCCAAAGGACCCCAGAGGAUUUCAGACAAAUUCGUGCUAAUGAAGACCUUCCAGUGGGAGUGCAUGAGAACGAUACAGCAAUAGUGCUGGAUAACUACCCUCCUCCUGAAAUCUGCGAGCCUAUAUUUCGAGUGGGUGAUUGGCUGAAAGUAGUGUCUGAAGAAGGUUACUGGUGGAAAGUUUUCUCACUCAGCACCAAGGAAGUGAAUUUUAUACCGCACUGCCAUGCCACAAAAGUCUACCAUGGCUGGCUGUUUGAAAACUUGUCCAGACCCAAAGCUGAGGAGCUGCUUCGGCUCCCAGGAAACAGAGUGGGUUCGUUCCUGAUCAGAGAGAGCACUAAAGGUAUCUACUCCUUAUCUGUGCGCCAUAGAACAAUUAAGCAUUAUCGGAUAGUUCGAAUGCCAAACAACUGGUACUACAUCUCCGCACGCCUCACCUUUCAGUGUCUGGAAGACCUAGUCAACCACUACUCUGAUAUAGCAGACGGCCUGUGCUGUGUUUUAACUGGUCCAUGUUUGACUGCCUGUGAAACACCUCUAAGUGAAGUUACGAGAAAAGCUGAUGGGAGAAAGCUAUCCUUUGACUGGAGAGCAGUGAGAAGCUCAGAGCUCAUCCAGCAGAGCACAAGCUCUUCAGAUGUGAGCUACGGAGUUCAGAACAGCGUCUCUUCCUACCUCUCACUGCUGGGAGAGCAGGAGAAAAAGCCAGAGAAAAAGAAAUUUAGCUUGAAGAAGAAAAGGUGGAAGUCUGUCUACACGCUCCCGAACCACCAGCUUGAAACUUUGGCUACAGUGGAAGACAACUAUGAGGAGGUGCACUGAUAGAUCACAGCCGAUUCAUUCCAGAAGCUGAUGGAUGGAUAUCUAAGGGCAUUAAUGUGUGUGAACUAAAAACAGAUUGACUUUUUGUGAGAGAUAUAUUUGUGAUAUAAAAAUAUAGUUCUCCAGCAUGCUUUUAUUUAAUUUUAGCUUCACAAACUAAUGGUUUUAAGAUGCUUAUGCAACUUUGUUUAAUUAUUUUCGGACUAUGAAAGGGUGAAUUCACUAUAAAUGUCACCUUAGUCUUGUUGAAGCUUUGUAAGACCUCAGAUUUAAUAUUCUUACCAUUAAUAAAGCUCGACUGAAGAGUGAUGAAGCUGAUGGAGAGGUGAGAUGAAUGCUCAAAAUGUCAGCUCCGUUUCUUUCUGCCCCGACUGUAACUUUAUUGGGGUCUCCACCAAAAAGUGCAAUGUUCUUCUGAACCCAUCCCAGAGCCGCUGCCUGGUCCUGCAGCCCAUAAUUCCCCGGCAGAGCACUGGAACCUACACAGAGUCAACAAACUUCAGCUCAUUCUGUAUCUCCAAAUGUGUUUUCCGUGCAUAGAUUAAAAAGAUGGCACCAGAAGAUUAUAA